GAUAUUUUUUUCUUCUUCUCAAUAAACUUACAUAAACAUAAACAUUCUUUGGCUUCUUCACUUUACGUCGUCGCUCGCUCUGCCGUCUCUACAUCGCCGCCGUUCACUUCUAACCUGCCUCCGCCACCAUCUAAAUAGUUCCACUGUUUCAUCUCGAAUGGCUUUGAGAAUCACAGUUCUACGGGACACUGGAAGGAAAUUGGGCGGCGUUUUAGGGUUCAAUAGGGUUUUUCAUUCCGUGCCUCAAUCUCCUCCUUUAUCCGGGAGCAUUGACCAUGGGAUUCCGUCAACGCUACCCGUUUUGCCUGAAUUUAGUUCCCCUGAUUUCUCUUUUGGUGGCUCUAUGGAGCUCAUGGCUGUUCCAAAGAGGAAGGUUUCUCCUCAUAAAAGAGGAAUUAGAAAUGGACCAAAAGCUUUGAAGCCUGUUCCUGUGCUUGUUCUGUGCAAGGGUUGUGGUCGUGUCAGGCUUCCACAUUUCUACUGUUGCAGUGGGAAACCAAAUAAUGAAAAUAACGGUGAAGAGAAUCACGCAAGCAGAUAAAGCUGUUUGUGAUGAAGCACCAGAUGUUAGUUGAAGGGCAAAGAAACUUCAUAUAUAGGUCUUGCUUUUGAUUGUUAGCCACUUGAUGGAAUAGGUUGUGUGGUAGUAAUGCACUGUAAUGCAUUACUUCCUUCUUAAGAACAAAUUUGAUUUUUGGAUUGUAUGGGUUCUUUAAAAGAUAAAUGGAUCAGAAAUUUUGGAUAUGGUAAUUUGCUUCCAUUAAAUAACAGUUUUUAAUAUGAAUUUGUUCUUUUGAAGCUA